AUGCACUCGACGUUCGAAGAAGACGAUGUGCGAGGUGUGAGACGGCGCUUGUGCCUAGUCUCUUUUUCCGUACGUCGUGGCGAAGGACGGCACGGAAGAUCGCGCUUUUCGAAGGACGACGCUCGUGGCUCGAUUCGGUCUGACCGACGCGAGACCGAAAGCUCCAUUUGCGAAGCAACGAACGGUUCCCCUUUCCGCGCUAAUGUGGGACAAGCAAAAGCCAAGCAAAGGCGCUGGAAUGAGCGUCCAGAGGGUGAAGCUUCACGUCUACGUUUUCUUUCAGCGGAGGCGUCAGUCCGGACUCUGAUAGCCAACGGUGACAGUGCGUUUUGCAUCCAGCGUCGAUUGUGGUCCAAUCAAAAGGCAGAUCUGAGCGAUGUCAGCUGCAGUGAUCGACCUUUCGUGCUUGCGGUGUCUGAAGAUGCAAGGAAGAGUUCCGGACCAGGCAAGAAAGUCGACGACCGCCAUCUGCAAGCACCAGGAAAAGAUGCAGCUUCGACCCUUCUCUGGCAGAUUCAACUCUGGAAAUCUGGCUCGAGGAAUAUCCACUACGCAGCGCGAUUCCGCAGGGCCUCUCCAUUUGACCGGCGCCUUUCGGACUUCAUCUGGACAUGCAACGAGCCCUCCUCCUGGCCAGAAGGUCUGCGUACAGCUGGCCGGGAACGUUAG